AUGGCUCCCACACUCCGCCCACUACCCUUAGGCCCUCAUCAUCCUUCUUCUCGACCAUUUCGCUCAAGCCGAAAACGGGUAAGGACCUACCGUGAAGACAGCUCUGAUGACGAUUUCUCUUAUCUCGAUGAUACCCAUAUCUACGGUUCGGCUGGCUCAAGCGUAUUAAACCCUUUCCAUCGCCGCCGGCCCCUAACCCACCGGGCAGACCCGUCAGUUCAUAUUUCUGAGCCUCCAGCCAAUGUUUCUUUGGAGCCCUCGAGAGAACCAGCUUUCUCUGCGAAGGUUACGCGAGCUUGUAGUACCCGUGUGAAAGGCUCUCCGUCUUUUAGAAAAUCUCAGAGGCUCACCAAAUCUCCGUCACCCAAGAAACAGAAGCGGCAAGCUGAGGCUGAUGCGGCGCAUUCUACCCCAGCGGGCGUGAUUCUACCCUGGCAGCAACUCCCUUACCAUAUUCUUGUUGAUAUUUUCUAUUAUUCCUUCCUUUCUUCGAGCGCUAAGUCGUUGUCAGACGUUAAUAAAUCCGUUCGCUGGCUGCUAAAUACAGCAUGCCUGUGUCGUGAAUUCUUUGAACCUGCCAUUACGGGACUUUACUAUUCACCACCGCUUUUUCCUGUCUCGAGACUAACAGGUUUAUUACACCUCCUUGAACGGCCACAAGAGACACUAUUCACAAAUUAUCGAAACAAGAUAAAAAGACUCGAUAUUCCCUUGCGCCAUCACCUCAUCCGGCAUUUAGAUCUCGAGCAAUUGGUUUCCCUCACUCCACAGCUGCAGCAUCUAAGGCUCCAUGGCGCCACCCCGAUUGCUAUGUACCCUCUUCCAACAGUUAAGUAUCGUCCUCAUCCCUUGGGAAAAUUCCUUGAUGCUCUUGAUGAGAACAAUAUUCGUCUUCGAAGUUGGGCAUGGAAUGGAGAAUCUCUUCUACUAUUACCGCAUUUCCAGCCGCGGAGCCUAUCAGCAGUUCACAGCCGUCCAGCUUUUUCCAGCUUACGCAGUUUACAACUGGUUAACUUCCCACUGUUCCCAUCAACGGGUGAGGCUAGAGCUACAAACCCCGCGGAUGAAAAUGAACCUAAGCCUGGCGAACUGUUAGCAUCUGCCCUUGCUUUGUUACCAAAUCUGCAGGAGCUUGAAUUGGAUAGAUGCUGGAACGUUGACGAUGAUUUCCUAUCAUGCUUCAAUCUUAAUCUCCAGGCGCUAAAACUGAUCAACUGCGGUAAUGUGACGUCGGCAAAUCUUGCCUCUUUUCUUAUCCGUGGUGGCCAAGGCCUUCGUACCUUGGUUCUUGAACAUAACCGAUGCCUUAAUAUGUCCUUCACAGUCGACCUAGCCACGUCGUGCCCAAAUCUACAAGAAUUUACUCUGGAUUUGAAUUUUACUUCGCCAAACUCCUUUACCCAUGACGUCGAUCCCUACUUUGAUGAGCUCUUUCACGACUCCGAAGUCCCCUCCUGGCCUUCAUCAUUGCAGAUCCUGAAACUAGAGCGCUUGCGAAAAUGGGAGUUAUCCACUGCCGUGCUAUUUUUCAACAAACUGAUACAUUCAGCGCCAAAUUUGCCGAAUUUGAGAGUCCUUAUCUUGUCAGCAAUCCUUGAGGUCGGUUGGCGUGAUCGGGCGAAUUUUCGCAAGGAAUGGGUGAGCAAACUGGAGAGAACAUACAGGAGACAUUCACCACCACCGAAUCCAAACUUCAAAUCAAUGCCAAACGGAAUAAACGUGGAUAAUCACGUUAGUGGCUGCGCUGCAGGAUCUUCCGCAAGUACAAACAAAGGAGCACAUGGCCAUCCAGUGCAGCGUCAUAGCAUGCGCCUUGCCCAUCAAAGGUCAUCAAUAGAGAUCAGUGACGACGAUCGGCCAACAGAGGUUAGAUAUAGCAACCACGCAAAUGGCUAUGCCGUCGAGUCUGGUCCAGGGGAUAAGCCAGAGUUUAUUCAGGGCAUGUGUGACAUUGUGGAGAUUCGAGUAGACAAUUUACGGCCUGCUGACUAUAUUCUGACAAACGACAACUUUGAGGACGAAGAGGCCAGUGGUGAUGAAGACUGGAGUGGUCUUGACCCCGAGGACGUGGAUGGGUAUGCAUGGUAA